UGUUUCCUGAAGAAUAUGGAACUCUGUCAAGAAUUCGGUGAUCCAUCUUUCCUAAGAAUGACAAACUUAAUAGCAGGAGAUAGAGAGGAGACAGGAGACAGUGCCUCAGAGACUCAAAGAAGAGGAGAAAGGUUGUUGUUCUUUCCAUGUCUUUUGUCUACUGAUAGACCUGAUGAGAUGACUAGUGAAGUGUACCAGUUCGGUUGGUGUCUACAGUGUACUAGUAAACAUGAUUUUUUUCCUCCUCGAUACUUCCAUGUCCUCUCAUUACAUCUUGCUUUUAAGUUUUCAUUAUCAAAAGGGAACAAAGAAUUAGCUGAAAAAUUGAGUCGUAAAUGCAAAUUUUGGAGAAACGGUCUUCACUGGUUUGAUGGCUAUGGUGUGAAAGUAUUGGUAGAGAUUGUGGAUGAGAGCCAGUGUGUACUAGUAAUGAUGUCCUGUAAGAAAGGUUACAGUGGCAAUAUGGUGUCUCUAAGAAGAAAAGUGAUAAGAGAAGUAAUGAGUGUUUAUAAAGAUUCCUGUCCUGGUUUAAAAGUUAAAGAGUUUAUUAUUGAUCUUAAAGAACUAGCCUAUCCUGUGAAUACACCAAGAGAAAGGACAGUGUAUGACAUUUGUGAUUUACUAUCAGCAAUUAAGGAAGGAAGACCAUUUCUUGUGAGUGAUAAAGGACAAACAGCAUUGAAGGAGAUCCUACCUGAUGAAUCAUUAUCAGAUAUUAACCUGUCACUAUUAGGAGGGCCUGAUGAGGAAGUUAAUGAUGUUCAAGGUCAUACGCUAGAUAUUAAAGAUCUCGAUAUUGUCAUUAAAGAAUUAACAUCUGAUCAACACUUGCCCUGUUCUGUAUGGCGUAGACUAGGUCUACAGUUAGGAUUAUAUGAUCCUAGACUAGUGGAUAUAGACAAGAAGAAUAGAGGAGAUCCAGUGGAGUGUUUCCAUGAGUGUAUGUCUGCCUGGUUAAGAGGAGAAGAUAAAGUGAGAGAGAAAGGAGGUCCCAGUUGGUCAUCAUUAGCUACAGCACUGGAUACAAUAGAAGAGAAAUCUUUUGCUAGUAACAUUAGAGACAAAUAUUGUACUAGUAAUAUGAUGUCUUGUGAGAAAGGUUACAGUGACAAUAUGGUGUCUCUAGAAGAAAAGUGAUAGGAGAGCCUAUCCUGUGAAUACACCAAGAGAAAGGACAGUUUAUGACGUUUGUGAUUUACUAUCAGUAGUUAGGGAAGGAAGAC